GCGGUUGUGACACUUGUCAAACCAAUUCAAAAGAAACGUUGAAAAUUUUUUACAGCAAGUAGAAAAUUGGAGCUCAACGUAAAUGGACGUCAUCACUGCGUGUUAUUGAAUUUCGUAUUAACGCGUUUUUUUUUAAUUUAACACUAGAAAAUUUGUUGUGUUUUAAGUUUACACAAAAUUUUCUGUAAAAAACACACACAUUUAUUUAAAUAAAAAUUAACGAAAUUGUGGAAAAAGAAAAGUGACAAAAUUGUUAUAAAUAAUAACAAAAAAAACAUGUAAAAAAAAUAGAAAAAGUGAAUAGAAAAAACGCAAUUUUUUUCAUUAAAAAAUUAAAAGCUGUUAAGGGGGGAAAUAUAAAACCCCAAAAAGAAACAUAAAGUUAAGCAGAUUGAAGAGAAAAAACAAAAUUGUUAGUUAAUCAACAUUAUGAAUUGUUAACAAAUAUCUUGUUAUAAUUUUUUAUGGAGUUUUACGAAUUAUUGAACUAAAAAAUAAAAUUAAAACAAGUGUAUAGAAAAAUUUAAGUGCAUGAAUUAAAUUAAGUGAAAAAUAUAUAUAUAAAAAUAAAUUCUAACGGAAUUUGGAGUAUUUUAAGAAAAAAAACUAUUUUAGUUGAGUUCAAAAUUUUUCUUAUUUAACUGGUGAAUAAAACAUUAAACAGAAUUAAAUUGCGAGUAAAAGCCAACAAAUUAAAUAAAACAAUAUUUUCCACAAAAUUGUAUGUAAAUAAUCUAUAAAUUCUUGGUUUUACGAAAAAAAAAAACUCUGUGUUGCAUGCAACCGAAAAACCAACAACAACAGCAAAAUUCUAAUGCCAACAAUAAUAAAAUCAACAUACAUUUUUCUACAGCAACAACCCAGGCGGUUUUUGCAUUUUUAAUCGUUGAUUCCUGUUAAAUGCAGUUGGCGUUUAAAAGUCGGUCACGUAUUUAGUGCCAACACAAAAAACAACAAAAAUCAAUCAAAAAAAAAAGUACAAGAAGAAGAACAGGAGGAGGAAGACAUUUUGCAAAAUUUUUCAAUUGAGUUGUUGUGGUCAUUAUUGCUCAGAGCGGAUAAUAAAAACAAAGCAACAAGAACACAACAACAAAAAACAAUAGCCCACUAGGCUGUGUAUGUAUGCUGCCAUUAUUAAAAAUAUACAGAAACACACGCACGCACACACCAAUCAAUACAUUGUCAAUAGUUUUGACAAUUGUUAUCCUCCAAUAACAGCAACACAGGCUUUUAAACAGCAUCAUCUGGCUAGAAGAGCAAUUUAGAGGGCGUAAAUGUUUAAAAACGUUCAAUAUUUUCAAAAAUCCCAAACGUUUUUUUUUCAAAAGUUGCAUUAAUAUUUAUACACUCACAGCAUUAUUAUUGCAAUAUAUGUUGUGAUUGCAAUUUGAGCUAAAUUCUAGUUUUAUUGACUAGUGUUUUCGGUUCUGUUUUAUUUAAUUUAAAUUUACUAAAAAAAAAUACAAAUUAGUUUGUUGCUGUUUGUACUAUUUUAUUGAUAUUGUUGUUGCGCGUUAAACCAUUAAAUAAAUACCAGCCCGCCUCAAAAUGUUGGAUGACGACAACAAUGAUUUGCUGGCUGCGGCUUCAGAAAUACAACGCAAUCGUUUAUAUUUUGUGGCAUUUAAAAAAAAUUUCAAACCAAAAAACACUGCAACCAGUCAUUAUUUUAGCAUCGAUGAUGAUUUCAUUUACGAAAAUUUCUACAAUGAUUUUGGUCCCUUAAACAUUUGCAUGCUGUACAGAUAUUGCCAGAAAUUGAAUGCCAAAUUAAGUAAUAAAACUUUGGCCAAUAAGAAAAUUGUCCAUUACACCUCCAUGAAUCCGGCUAAAAGGGUAAAUGCAGCCUAUUUAAUAGGAGCAUUUUCGAUAAUUUACCUCAACAAAUCACCCGAAGAAGCUUAUCGUCCUCUGGUCAUGGGCGAAAUACCAGCCUAUACACGUUUUUGUGAUGCUUCUUAUGGUCCCAGUGGCUAUAAAAUUUCCCUUAUCGAUUGUCUGAAUGCCGUCUCCAAAUCAUUAAAGGCUGGUUUCUUUAAUUUUGAUGACUUCCACGCCGAGGAAUAUGAAUAUUUUGAGCGUGUAGAGAACGGCGAUUUCAAUUGGAUUGUACCGCAAAAGUUUAUUGCCUUUUGUGGACCCCAUCAAAAGUCCAAAACACUGCCAAACGGUUAUCCGUGUCAUUCGCCGGAAACCUAUUUUGAAUAUUUUCGCGACAAUAAUGUAACGACCAUUAUACGUUUGAAUGCCAAGGUUUAUCAUGCUUCCAGUUUUGAGAAUGCCGGUUUCGACCAUAAAGAUCUAUUUUUCAUAGAUGGUAGUACGCCAAGCGAUUUAAUAUUGAAGAAAUUCUUAACGAUAUGUGAAACGACAAAGGGUGCCAUAGCAGUGCAUUGUAAAGCUGGUCUUGGACGCACUGGUAGUUUAAUUGGUGCUUAUAUUAUGAAACAUUACAAUUUCUCAGCUCUGGAAGCUAUUGCUUGGUUACGUUUAUGCCGUCCUGGCUCUGUUAUCGGCCAUCAACAACAAUGGAUGGAAGACAAACAAUCUUGGCUGUGGUCUGAGGGCGAACGCGUGCGUAAACGUGCUGGUACAUGUUGUCCCGUACACAAAUAUGGCAUUUAUAGUUUGUUGUAUAAAAGUGGUUCUGCUGGUCAGUUACAUUCGAAUGAAAACAAUACCGAAAUGUUAAUGACACGAGUUAAAGGCAUUUCGCAAAAGGUCGAUACCAUGCAUUUGAAUGAAGAGGAUCGUACGGAUUCGAAUCAAUUGGAUUCGUUGGAGUCUUAUGAAAAUGGUAAUAAAACUAUAACGCCUAGAACACGUCUGCUAAUGGCGGCCAAAGAUGGUGCCAUCACACCGCCUACAAGUGCUAGUGAUAAUGAUAAUGACAAUGAUGUUACAGAAACGGAAGAAGAUUCUACAACUUCCAAUACCAAUAGCACAUUUAUAGUGUCACGUAGACGCAAAUCACCUACUACAGUGGCUAGUACUAAGACCAGCAGUGUCACCACUACUACCACGACCUUAAGAAGUUCACCAGCUCCCACGGGUGGUGGAGGUGGAGGAGGUCUUGGUGUUAAUGUUACGCCUGCGGUAACAGAAAUAACAUUGCGUAGAACACCGCCUUUACUGGGUAAUGGUCAUGCUUUGAUUUCAACUACAACUAGCUCAACAACUGUCACCACCAACUCGCAUGUGGCGGCACCUUUGUAUUCUGAAAAGAAAUUGAAAAAACCCUCGACUACCUAUGAACCGGCAGCCUUACAAAGGCCUACCAUAGCGUCGACGGUUAAAAUGACUCAGGCGGCUAUAGAAAAGACCAAGGCACAAACACAGGGUGAUAAGCUAAAUCAAAUUAAGGCCAUGCGACGUCAACAUAAUUCAAGAUCUGGUGGUAGUACCGGUGAAACUGAUAAUCCCUUGCGUCAUACCCGGGCCCGUUCACAACCCUUUCGCAAUAAUAACAAUUUGGUUAAUAUGUUGGCCACAACUACUACAACUACAACUGGUCUUAAAGGCCAAGAUUGUUUGGAUUCGAAUGCAGCUGUGACAGCUACAAAUAAUUUAUUGAAUAAUAUUAAUAACAAUAACAACAAUAACAAUUGCAAUAGUAAUAUUAACAAUAAUAACAACAACAAUAACAGUGUUGGUUCAACAACAACAUCAACAACAGCAACAACAAAUCUAACCUCAGCUACCACAACCAUUGGUUUGAAUAAUGUUAACAGUACAAUAACAACACGGGCACGCAGUUUAGCUAUUUAUAGCAAAAGAAUGGGUCUAAUGCAUUUACGUAAAGCUGAACAACAACAGAUUUCAAAUAAUGUCACUGCCGCCAAUAAUAAUAACAACAACGCCAAUACUGUAAGUUCCACAACAACGCCAUCUUUGCUACCACAUCAUCACCAUCAUGCAACUUCUCCCACACUCAGUAGUUUGAGUAAACAAACGAAAACCUACAACAAUACUUUGAUAAGUUCCACCACAAAUGAAAGUAAAAUCCCCAUAGUGAGAGCAACUGCAGCUUUAAUUGACUUGAAUGUGGCCAUUAACCAUGGCGGUGGCGUAGUGGGUUCCUCGGCCACUAUACCUCCAUCAAGAAGUUCUAAUAGAUUGUCAGCAGCUGCAGCUAUGAAUGUAACCUCACAUCAUCAUAUGACUUUGAGAGGAAGAUCACGUUUACGCUAUCAUCGUCAUCAGGAUGGUGGUGGCGGUGCAGGUGGUGGACAACAAGCGCCGCCUUGUACUAUGACAACAGCUAGAUACUAUCGAGAUGUUUCAGCUCUACCCUCAGCCAUACAGUUAGGAGGUGGUGCAAGUGGCGCCGGUGGCGGCGGUGGCAUAACAACACGUUCAUCUUCAGCUACACUGGAUUUGAAUUCGAAUCCUUUACCCUCUGGCACACUGUUGGGCAAUAUGAACAAAUCGAAUAAUAAUAAUAAUAACAACUCCAACAACAGCAACAACAAUAGCAAUAGUAGUAGUAGUACAACAACAACCACAACAUGUAGCAAUAAUACCCAUAGUAGUAGUAACAAAUUGGAAGAACGUAUACUGCGUACCAAUACAAAAUCCUCUUGUACCUCUGCCAAUCAUUCAAAUUCCUCUUCUGACGCUGAAACCCUUAAAUCCACACAUUCAAACAGUAAUUUAUCCUUAGAUAAUAAUAAUUCAAUACAACAAACACAAUUAAACAUAAAUUUCUUAUCAUCUUCUUCUCCCCCCAUUGCCGCCGACACAACGGAAACCUCUAACACCUCAUUCCCCCACGACCAACCACCAUCACAUCACAAUCUCACCACAACCACCAUGCCCAACCUAUUAUCCUAUUCACCCUCCCUAUCACUGGCAACCACUCCCACGCCCUGCUCCUCGUCUGCCUCCUCUACCCCACAAAAUUUAGAUACAAAUCGUCUUAGUCGUACAUCCCAGCGUUCCUUGCCUUCAACAACGACGGGUAUACCUUGUAGUAGCCAGUAUGGCGGAGUUGGUGGUGGCGGUUUUAGUAAUAUAAAACGCAAUAAGAGAUCGCUGAGCAGUACACGCAUUGAAAAGGAUAAAUGUGAUGAGUACAACACCAAAUUACUGAGAAAGACCAACAAUCAAAUUUCCUCCUCCACCGCCUCCAACAACAAUAACAGCUCUUCUACCACGAAUGCUGGAGGCAACACUCUAACUUCUGCAACAGGCGGCGGCGGUGGUAGUUUUCGUACCAGACAUCGUCAGACGGCCGCCUCAAAUUUGGAAUCUUCAACCGCUUCUUCGACUUCUUCGGCCUCCACCUCAGGUAUACCAACGCCUACGAGUCAGGGUCUCUAUAUGCCACGUAGUGCUAAAUAUGCAGCUGCAGUUAUGGCUGCCGAACAACGUGAUCAUCAGCAACAGCAGCACCAACAUCAGCAGCAACAACGUUUGUCUUUAAAGUUGCGCAAGAAAAUAAGUUACUAGAAUUUGGAGUCACUACCUACAACUAGUAGGUAUAACAAGAGGGCCAAAAGAUAAAUUUAGGUUAUAGGGUGAGAGACACAGACAGAAUGAAACCUUUCAGAUCGAAUAAGAUGCAGUUAGUAGAAAUAAAGAGAGAGAUAAAACUUCAGACUUAAAUUUAGUAUUAAGAAAUUUCAAACUAAAGUUAGUUUGGAAUUUUUUUCUCUAAAAGUGCAAUAGGAAUGUAGUAAGAAUAAAAUGAUACUAAAAAGUCAAAGUUUUAAAUAUAUAUCUAAUGAUAUAUGUACUAUAUGUAAUUCGAUUUGAAAAUUUUCUAGGAAUUUAAACAAAUUUUGGAUUGAACACUUUGCUAUAAUUAUAACUGAAAAGUUUUUCUAAGUGGUAAGAAGAGAGAGAACGAUAUAAAUCUAAAGAUUUAAAUAAUGAAAUCUUUAUUUAGAGACUUAUUAUAAAAAAAGCGUUUCUAGGCGAAAACGAGGUUGUAAACCUAAACUGAAAAGUUACAUGAAGAUAUAAAUAAAAUCUGUAAAUUUAUGAAAUAUUAAAUAUUGUAUAAACCGACAAAUUCGAACGUUUUCAUUUUCCCAUUCAGUACUUUUGACAAAGUAGGGAUAUUUCAACAUAAGUCAGGAAAUGUAUCAGAUUUUUUGAUAAAAAAAAUAAUAAAAAUACUGCGAAGAGAGUAAAGGUUGUAAGUACGAGUUCUCCAUUACACAAUUAAAUAAGGAGAAAUCAAAUACGAUCUUAAAUUAAAUAUAAAUUAAAUAAGCUAUAUUAAAGUUUAGUUUAAGCCCAAUUUUCACGAUUUCGGGUUAUUUCUUAUCAUAAAGUUAUACAUUCUGUUGAAAUAUUUUUUGUAUGAAAACUGUCAGUAUAACUAGACAUUAUGUAUUAACUUUCCACAAAAGAAUUAGUCAACAAAACAAAUUUCAUAUCAACUAAAAACUUUUAUUUUUUAAAUUUAUUUUUUUUUAUAUUUUAAUCGUAUACUUCUCUGAAAUCACUAUAACUCCUUUAGUUUUUGAGUUAUAAGCUGAUAUCUCUACAUUUUUGCAUGUCUCCAAUCCUUAAACGAAAAUAGUUUAUGAUACUUUUAAGCUUCACUUAAAAGAAUUUUAAUAAACAAUAAAAAAUAUGACAUUUUUUCCAAAAGAAUUCUUGUAUGAUUUGUUGACUAAUUUUCUUUGUCCGGUUUUCAUUGCUAAUAGUAACAGUUUGUUACUAUUGAAGUUGUGUAUUUUAAUCUUUUUCUUUCUCUCUGGAAUUGGUUAAAUAUUAUGAAAAAAAGGUCCCAGACAUUUUUAAAUAAAAUUCCAUUCCGAAAAUUGCAAAAGUUCAAACGUGUCAUAGUAUUUUUUUAACUAUAUAACUUUUGUUAUAAGUUUUCAGAUAAUGGGUUAUCUGUUUUAGCUCUGUCUCUUGAAACUUGGAAACGAAUAUUUUCAAUAACAAAGAUCUGGUUUAAUAGAAAAUAUUUUGAUGACAAUAUUUUUUAGUUGUCAGUCUACUAUGAACAUUUGUUUAUACUUAUUUGAAAAGCCUCUCAGAUUUUCUUAUGAUAAAUUUCGGAUUUACUUUUUAAUAAGCAGUUUUAAGUGAAAUCUUUUCUAUACAAAAAUAAUGGCUUAAAAACUAUUUCUAUUAGGAAGAAUUAAAACAAAUUUUCUAUUAAAAGUUACCUCUAUUCUUAUAGAAGUCGUUUCUAAUAUAGACAAGUUUUCUAUAGAAAAACGAUCUCUAAUAGAUGACAAAUCUUCUAUAGAAAAUUGUUUUCUAAAAGCGACAAGUUUUGUAUUGAAAAAGUUAUUUAAACAGAGUACUAGUAUUUUCAGUUACUAAUAGAUAUCAGUUUUCUAAAGAAAUCUGUUUUCUACAUAGACAAGUUAUCUAUAAAAAAAAAAAAACACGUGUCUAAUAGUGACAAGUUGUCUAUAGAAAAA